AUGGUAGCCUCACCAUUUACCCUGCGCAUCGCCAUGCUGAAUGCCGAUGCCCCGGUGCCCAGUGUGACAGAACAAAGGGCACCCUCGUACGGCCACAUCUUCCAUGAACUUCUAUCUCAGUCGGCGGUUCGUGUAGCCCCUGGGUUAUCCGUCGAGGCAGAAUACUUUGACGUUUAUCAUGGUACAUACCCAGAGUCACUCACCAAUUUUGACGCAAUUGUCAUUUCCGGUUCCAGCGCCAGCUCCUACGAAGACAAAGAUUGGAUUAAACAACUCGACGCUUAUAUCGCCAAAGUUUACGCUGAACAACCCCAUGUCAAGAUUUUCGGCAGCUGCUUCGGCCACCAGAUCAUCUGCCAAAGUCUGUUCCGCGAACAUGGGAUCUAUGUGGAGAAAGAUCCGAAAGGAAUGGAAAUCGGUGUUCACACAGUCCAGCUCGACCAAGACUUCCUGAAAGCACUAGGAAGUCGUUCGUCUGUCAUAAACAACAACAAACUCGGGUUACAAUUUGUUCAUGGUGAUCAUGUCAAGGUACCAGAAGGCCAUUCUCUACCUCCAACAUGGCUUUCCAUGGGCCAAACCAAACACUGCGCAUUUCAAGGAGCAUAUAAGCCGAAUCAUGUGCUCACGUAUCAAGGUCAUUUCGAAUUCGAUAGAUUCAUCAACAUCGAGACUUGCAAGUUUUUUGCCAAAGCAUACGGUUGGGCUCCCCAGUUUAUUGAGGCAUCAGUCGAGGCUAUGGAUAAGGAUGACGACUCCAAGAUUGCGGCUGACAUGGUGAUGAGAUUCUUUCUUGAGGGCCGACAUGCCGUGCCAGGGUUUGGAGGAUUGAUGAGCCCCCCAUUGGAGGAUUGA